GGCGGCGGCACCUGGAGCGGAGUCGGACCUGAGCCGAGAGGGUCUGAGAGCAGGAGCGGGCCGAGCAGCGGCAGCGCCAGCCUUAGCCGUGGCGGCCACAGGACGGGGCGCGGCGCCGGCGGUCGGGGACCGCGGCAGGGGCUGCAGGCGGCGGAGCAGCUGGAAGAAGUUGGAUUCAAUGGGCUCCAAGAGACGAAGGGCUACAUCUCCUUCCAGCAGCAUCAGUGGGGAUUUUGAUGAUGGUCACCACUCUGUACCAACACCAGGCCCAAGCAGGAAAAGGAGACGGCUUUCUAAUCUCCCAACUGUCGAUCCAAUUGCUGUGUGCCAUGAGCUCUACAACACCAUAAGAGACUACAAAGAUGAGCAGGGCAGGCUCCUGUGUGAACUCUUUAUCAGGGCACCAAAAAGAAGAAAUCAACCAGAUUAUUAUGAAGUGGUUUCUCAGCCCAUCGACUUGAUGAAAAUUCAACAAAAACUAAAAAUGGAAGAGUAUGAUGAUGUUAACCUGCUGACUGCUGAUUUUCAGCUGCUCUUUAACAACGCCAAGGCCUAUUAUAAGCCAGAUUCUCCGGAAUUUAAAGCUGCCUGUAAACUCUGGGAUUUGUACCUCCGCACAAGGAAUGAAUUUGUUCAGAAAGGAGAUGCAGAUGAGGAUGAAGAGGAGGAGGAUGGGCAUGACAAUCAAGGGACAAUGUCUGAAGUAUCUUCUCCAAGUUACCUGAAAGAGAUCCUUGAGCAGCUUCUCGAAGCCAUAGCCAUAGCUACAAACCCAUCAGGACGUCUCAUAAGUGAGCUUUUUCAGAAACUUCCUUCAAAAGUGCAAUAUCCUGACUAUUAUGCAAUAAUUAAGGAGCCCAUUGAUCUUAAGACUAUUGCUCAGAAGAUACAGAAUGGGAGUUAUAAAAGUAUCCAUGCAAUGGCAAAGGAUAUAGAUCUCCUAGCUAAAAAUGCCAAAACCUACAAUGAACCUGGGUCUCAAGUAUUCAAGGAUGCAAAUUCAAUUAAAAAAAUAUUUCAUUUGAAAAAAGCAGAAAUUGAACAUGUUGAAAUGGCCAAGUCAAGCCUUCGAAUAAGGACUCCAUCCAAUUUGGCUGCAGCCAAGCUGACAGGUUCUUCACAGGGUAAGGGCAGCCUUAGUGAAGAGAGAAAUCCUACCAGCAAAUAUUAUCGUAAUAAAAGAGCAGUCCAAGGGGGUCGUUUAUCAGCAAUAACUAUGGCACUCCAGUACGGCUCAGAAAGUGAUGAGGAUGCCGCUUUAGCUGCAGCUCGUUAUGAAGAAGGGGAGUCAGAAGCAGAGAGUAUUACUUCCUUUAUGGAUGUUUCCAAUCCCCUUUAUCAGCUGUACGAUACUGUUAGGAGCUGUCGGAAUAACCAAGGACAGCUAAUAGCAGAACCGUUUUUCCAUUUGCCUUCGAAGAAAAAAUACCCUGAUUAUUAUCAGCAAAUCAAAAUGCCCAUUUCCCUGCAGCAGAUAAGAACCAAGCUAAAGAACCAAGAAUAUGAAACUUUAGAUCAUUUGGAGUGUGAUCUAAAUUUAAUGUUUGAAAAUGCCAAACGUUAUAAUGUUCCCAAUUCAGCCAUCUACAAACGAGUUCUAAAAAUGCAACAAGUUAUGCAGGCAAAGAAGAAGGAGCUUGCUAGAAGAGACGACAUUGAGGACGGCGACAGCAUGAUCUCUUCAGCCACUUCUGAUACUGGUAGUGCCAAAAGGAAAAGGAACACUCAUGACAAUGAGAUGUUGGGCCUCAGGAGGCUAUCCAGUAAAAAGAACAUAAGGAAGCAGCGAAUGAAAAUUUUAUUCAACGUUGUUCUUGAAGCUCGAGAGCCAGGUACAGGCAGAAGACUCUGUGAUCUGUUUAUGGUUAAGCCAUCCAAAAAGGACUACCCUGAUUAUUACAAAAUCAUCUUGGAGCCAAUGGACUUAAAAAUUAUUGAACAUAACAUCCGUAAUGACAAGUAUGCAGGAGAAGAGGCAAUGAUGGAAGAUAUGAAACUGAUGUUUCGAAAUGCCAGACACUAUAAUGAAGAAGGCUCACAGGUGUAUAAUGAUGCCCAUAUUCUGGAGAAGAUGCUCAGAGAUAAGAGAAAAGAGCUGGGCCCACUCCCUGAGGAUGAUGACAUGGCCUCUCCCAAACUCAAGCUAAGUAGAAAGAGUGGCAUUUCUCCUAAAAAGUCAAAAUACAUGACACCAAUGCAACAGAAACUAAAUGAGGUGUAUGAAGCGGUAAAGAACUACACAGAUAAGCGGGGCCGCCGCCUCAGCGCCAUCUUUCUGAGACUCCCUUCCAGAUCAGAGCUGCCAGACUACUAUCUGACCAUCAAAAAGCCCGUGGACAUGGAAAAGAUCAGAAGCCACAUGAUGGCUAACAAGUACCAAGACAUAGACUCCAUGGUUGAAGACUUUGUCAUGAUGUUCAAUAAUGCUUGCACGUACAAUGAGCCUGAAUCCCUGAUUUACAAAGACGCCUUGGUCCUGCAUAAGGUCUUGCUUGAAACUCGAAGGGACAUAGAAGGCGAUGAGGAUUCUCAUGUUCCUAACGUGACACUCCUUAUCCAGGAGCUUAUCCACAAUCUUUUUGUGUCUGUAAUGAGCCAUCAGGAUGAUGAGGGAAGGUGCUACAGUGACUCCUUAGCUGAAAUCCCUUCUGUGGAUCCUAGUUUCCCAAACAAACCCCCUCUGACUUUUGAUAUAAUUAGAAAGAAUGUUGAAAAUAAUCGCUAUCGCAGGCUGGACUUAUUUCAAGAACAGAUGUUUGACGUGCUAGAAAGGGCAAGAAGAAUGAAUCGGACGGAUUCAGAAAUAUAUGAAGAUGCAGUAGAGCUUCAGCAAUUCUUUAUUAAAAUCCGUGACGAACUCUGCAAGAACGGAGAGAUCCUUCUCUCCCCAGCACUCAGUUAUACAACAAAGCAUCUCCAUAAUGAUGUGGAGAAGGAGAAAAAGGAAAAGUUACCCAAAGAAAUAGAGGAAGAUAAAUUAAAACGGGAAGAAGAAAAGAGAGAAGCUGAAAAGAGUGAGGACUCCUCUGGAGGAGCAGGCCUCUCUAUCUUACAUCGAACGUACAGCCAGGACUGUAGCUUCAAGAACAGCAUGUACCACGUUGGGGAUUAUGUCUAUGUGGAGCCAGCAGAAGCCAACCUCCAACCACACAUAGUCUGCAUUGAAAGACUGUGGGAAGAUUCUGCUGGUGAAAAAUGGUUGUGUGGCUGUUGGUUUUAUCGGCCAAACGAAACAUUCCAUCUUGCUACACGAAAAUUUUUGGAAAAAGAAGUUUUUAAAAGUGACUAUUACAACAAAGUACCUGUUAGCAAAAUCCUAGGCAAAUGUGUAGUCAUGUUUGUUAAGGAGUACUUUAAACUGUGUCCAGAAACUUUUCGAGAUGAAGAUGUUUAUGUCUGUGAGUCACGAUAUUCUGCCAAAACAAAAUCUUUCAAGAAAAUUAAGUUGUGGACCAUGCCUGUCAGUUCCGUUAGGUUUAUCCCACGUGAUGUGCCUCUGCCUGUGGUGCGUGUUGCUUCUGUGUUUGCAAAUACAGACAAACUGGAUGAUGAGAAACACACUGAAACUUCAGAGGACAGUAAAGGAGCAGACAAUUUCCUUAACCUGGAAAAGGAGAAAGAAGAUGUUCCAGUAGAAAUGUCUAAUGGGGAGCCAGGCUGCCACUAUUUUGAACAACUUCGAUACAAUGAUAUGUGGCUGAAGGUCGGAGACUGUGUUUUCAUAAAAUCUCACGGCUUAGUGCGGCCUCGAGUAGGCAGAAUUGAAAAGCUAUGGGUCCGGGACGGUGCUGCCUAUUUCUUUGGCCCCAUCUUCAUUCACCCUGAAGAAACAGAACAUGAGCCAACAAAAAUGUUCUACAAAAAAGAAGUGUUUCUGAGCAAUUUGGAAGAAACUUGUCCUAUGACAUGUAUCCUGGGAAAGUGUGCUGUGUUGUCGUUCAAGGAUUUCCUGUCCUGCAGGCCAACUGAAAUACCAGAAAAUGAUGUUCUUCUUUGUGAGAGCCGCUAUAAUGAGAGUGACAAACAAAUGAAGAAAUUCAAAGGGCUGAAGAGGUUUUCACUCUCUGCUAAAGUGGUAGAUGAUGAAAUCUACUAUUUCAGAAAACCCAUAGUUCCACAAAAGGAGCCCUCGCCAUUACUGGAGAAGAAGAUUCAAUUGCUAGAAGCAAAAUUUGCUGAGUUGGAAGGUGGAGAGGAUGAUAUUGAGGAAAUGGGAGAAGAGGAGGGGGAGGUCAUUGAAGCCCCCUCUUUGCCGCAGCUUCAGACUCCACUGGCCAGCGAUCUGGACAUUAUGCCCUACACUCCCCCACAGUCUACUCCUAAGUCUGCCAAGGGCAGCUCUAAGAAGGAAGGCUCCAAAAGGAAGAUCAACAUGAGCGGCUACAUCCUCUUUAGCAGCGAGAUGAGAGCCGUGAUUAAAGCUCAGCAUCCGGACUACUCCUUCGGAGAGCUCAGUAGGCUUGUAGGAACAGAGUGGAGAAACCUAGAGACAACCAAGAAAGCAGAAUAUGAAGAGCGGGCAGCUAAAGUUGCUGAGCAGCAGGAGAGAGAGCGCGCAGCGCAGCAACCGCAGCCGAGUGCUUCUCCCCGGGCGGGCCCCCCCGCGGGGGCGCUCAUGGGGGUGGUGCCGCCACCAACACCAAUGGCGAUGCUCAAUCAGCAGUUGACACCUGUUGCAGGCAUGAUAGGUGGCUAUCCGCCAGUCCUGCCACCUUUGCAGGGGCCAGUUGAUGGCAUUGUUAGCAUGGGCAGCAUGCAGCCACUUCACCCUGGGGUGCCCCCACCCCACCACCUUCCGCCAGGUAUGCCAGGCAUCCCAGGCAUCCCACCACCGGGUGUGAUGGGCCAAGGAGUGUCCCCCAUUGUAGGACCUCCAGCACCGGGAGGGAGUCCUUAUGGACAACAGAUGGGAAUUCUUGGGCCCCCAGGCCAGCAAGCGCCACCUCCAUAUCCCGGCCAGAAUCCAGCAGGCCAGCCCGUCAUGCAGCAGCCGACGACGCCAAUGUUUGUCUCUCCCCCACCAAAGACACAACGGCUUCUGCACUCAGAGGCCUACCUGAAAUACAUUGAGGGGCUCAGUGCUGAAUCAAACAGUAUUAGCAAGUGGGACCAGACCCUUGCAGCCCGAAGACGAGAUGUUCAUCUAUCAAAAGAACAAGAAAGCCGCCUUCCUUCCCACUGGCUGAAAAGUAAAGGGGCCCACACCACCAUGGCAGAUGCCCUCUGGCGCCUUCGUGACUUGAUGCUUCGAGAUACCCUUAACAUUCGCCAAGCAUACAACAUAGAAAAUGUUUAAUCGCAUAAAUUACUUUCUUUGAUACAAACAUAAAAGAGUUUUGUGGAACAAUAGCUGUUUUAGUUACUGGGGGGGAUAACAAAACAAUAAUUUUUAUUGCAUUUUAUUGUACAUUGCAAGACCAUUUUUAUAUAAGGACACUUUUAAUAAGCAUAUUUCAAUUUGUUUUUGUUAUAUUAAGUUGACUUUAUCAAAUACACAAAGAUUUUUUUGCAUAUGUUUCCUUUGUUUGAAAGCCAGUUUCAUAUUUGGUUGUAUGUGUAGACAUGGAGUUAUCUUUUUACUUGUUGCCAUGAGUCUGAUACCAUUGGGUUUUUUUUUUUAUAAAAGAAAAACAGACCAAAAAAAAAACCAUGAAAAAACAACUGUUUACAAAUUAGUUUAAAAUGACAAUGAAAUGUGAAGUUAGUCCUAGUUUACAUUGUAGAAAAGGUAUGUCUGUUCUCGUGCCUGUGUGUUUUAAGGCACUUCCAGCAGAAACCAUUGCUUACAGGUGAAUUAAAAUGCUUUUUUAAGAAGAAAUGUUAGAGAUUCAACAGAUUUGUAGAGACUUCAAUCUGAUCAGCAGCUGCUUAAUGGGGCACUGGGCAUUCUUCUGAAGCUUGUGCUUCUGCCCUAGACCAGUCCAGUACAGCAAGCAUAUUUUCUUGUGCUUCGUUAAAUGUCUGGGUAGUAAUUGACCUUUACAAAGACAUACAUAAUCUUGUUGAGUCUUAACAGGUGAAUGCAUAGAACAUUUUCAGCUGUUUAAAAAGAAUUCACAGUUUGUCUCCACAUCUUCUGUUAGCUCCUGUGAAGUUUUCAAAUCCAUAUGUUAAAAAGCAUUUGUUCACACUGGAGUGUUAUGGUAGAUGGAGGUGGUUUUUAAAACAUAAAACCCUUGCUUUAAAAAUAAAAUACAGCAGUGUGUAAUAGUUGAUACCUACACUGAAAGUGAAAUUAUGAGAAUCAGUUACUCACAAUCCUUUCCCUGCCCCCCCCUCCAUUUUUCAUUCCUAUGCGUGGCAUUUUUUUCUCCCAAGUUUCAAGGUUGUAACUUCCUACCAUUUAGGACUUGCUACACAUUUUCAGCCAAAAACUUAUGAGCUGCAACUUUUCUGUUUCAGAAAUAUUUUUAAUAUUAGCUUAAAUUUUUGAAUUUCAGGGGGUAAUAAGUGCAUUUAGCGCUGGGGGAAAAUCACUAUUUAAGAAAAUGCUUUCUGAAAGGCCACACAGAUCCCAUACACAUAAGUUUAGAAAUACUUCAUUCCCUGUCUAACCUUAUAGUGAACAUUCUUCAGGUGGCAGCUUACCUUUAGAGCAUCUAUCCAGGAAAAUGCCCAGGCAGCUGGACAAAGCUUUCACAUGCUGCUAUAGACUACAUCACAUCACUUUGGGGGGGAGGGGGGUAUUUGUGUUUUUGAGAGUGGUUUUAUCAUAUAACCCCAGAAAAACUCCUAUUUUUUUCUAGUAGGCAUUAAUUACCCCAAUGUCUAAAUGCCAUUCUUAUUAAAUCAUGACUGUAGAACAGAGAAACUCUUUUGUCUCUAUAUAUACUUAAGUACAGUAGGCCGUCAUAACUGCCGUAGUCAACCACUGGAUCUAAAUCUUCAUCAAGUAUUUCUAAGUAAUUUCAAACACUUUUUUAAAAAAUUUAUGUUGCUGUCUUGUUAGAAUACAUCUCAGUGACUAGAGUUUUUGCUGUUUUCACCACAAAGAUUAAGACAUUGAACUGAAUCAGAUAAUGAACAUGUCCUAGUUCUCUGUUUAUCUGAGCCAUCCAACCACCAUCAUGGACUGUAUAUUAAAAUCGGAUUCUUUUAUUCCUAGACAUUAACAAAAUUACACCAAAGAGCCUGGAAUUAAUUUUAGUUAAGUUAUUUAUUUAUUUUUUAAGUUUGUUUUACUUUUAUUUUAUUUGGGGCCUGGAUAAGACUCCUUUUGGGAGUCUAUUAAAAACACUUAUUUCAGCCAGUGGAAUGGUUGCUGUUAUCGAAGGCAUUAGAAGCUGGGAGCACUCCUGUUUCAACCCCUUUACCAGCUUCAUUGUCACUGUAAGAACUAACCAAAUCAACCCUGGGUCUCCUUUAAGGUCAUGCAGAGCAGUGCCAUUGAGGCUACGUGUGGGCCCGAUCAAGUUUUGUUUGUUUUGUUUUGUUUUAACUGUGUAUUUAUUUUAGAAUCAUGUCUUUCUGUGUAUUUCUGUGGAGAAUGUCAGUAGAAAUUUAGGAGAUAGAAUUUGAGGUCUGCAGUCUAGAAUUUCAUACCUAACCAAAAAAAAUUUUUUUUCUAAUUCAAGUGAUUAAAAAAAUAAUAAAAUAACCACACAUUUUACUGUGGUUUUUAGAACCUCUGGUUUGUAUGGCUGUGGAAAAUAUGUUGGCCUAAACAGCAUUGUAAUAUUUUUAAAGUGCAAGUAUGUAUGGGAGAAAAUUGGGUUUAUAUGCAAAGUAAGAAUAUAGAUUAAAAUAGUGUAUGUAUUUUCAGUUAACUGGUUGAAAGCCAUUAAUUGCAUCUCACACACAUACACACACACAAACCCCUUCCCCUUCAAGAGAAAAACAAAAACAGUACCUGUGCAAAAUCUCAAAAUUGGUGUUGGUGACUUUUCAGCUUAAACGUUUUCAGACCUGGUUAAGUCAUGGUUGGUUUAUCUUUACCUCUGUAUCAAAAGGGUUUAAAGUGGUAACCAGUCUUAAUAUGUAUGUACCAUCAUUUUGUUCAUCUGAAGCUUUUUAUUCCAAAUAAAAAUGGAGUUUGCAAAGUGA